AUGGAUUUCUUUGCUAUAUUCUAUAACAUUUUUGCUUUCACAUUUUUGUACCUUACAGACAUCUCCCUAGCAGAUGAUCAUCUAAGUCAACACCAGUUAAUCAAUGGAACCGCGACCUUAGUAUCUGCCGGCAAAAAGUUCCGGCUUGGUUUCUUCAGUUCCAUCAAUUCCAGAAACCAAUACUUAGGAAUAUGGUUUGACAGCAUCCCAACUCAAACUGUAGUCUGGGUUGCAAACCGCGAUAACCCGCUGAAUGAUUCAUCAGGAAUUUUGAAGAUUGGUGAUGAUGGAAAUUUGAUUCUUCAAGACCAUACAGAAAGAGCUGUCUGGUCUACGAAUGUCAAGAAUUUAUCAUCAAAUUCAACUGUUGCACAGCUCUUAGACUCUGGAAAUCUUGUUUUGAGGCAAGAUAGCAGAGAUGGUUAUAUUUGGCAAAGCUUUGACCAUCCUUCUGAUACCCUUCUAGCAGAAAUGAAGCUUGGAAGGGACUCAAAAAAUGGUUUGGACCAGUAUUUGACAUCGUGGAAGAGUGCAGAUGAUCCUGCUCCGGGAGAUUUUACUUAUAGCAUCGAUCCUCGUGGGCUUCCACAAUUAGUCAUCCAUAAGGGUUCUAUCAAGAUGUUCCGAAGUGGACCAUGGAAUGGUGAGCAAUUUAGUGGAGUCCUCCUUAUACCCAACCUUCUCUUUAACCCCAAGGUCGUCACAGAUUCAGAGGAAAUGUCUUAUGAGUAUGGACUCAACAAUGAAUCCACUCUUACAAGGUCAGUCUUAAGUUUUUCGGGUUCAGUCCAACGUUAUGUAUGGAACGUCAGUAGCCUUAAAUGGAUUGCCAUACAUGUCUUGCCUAGCGACCCAUGUGAUAAUUAUGGUCAGUGUGGUUCAAAUAGUAUUUGCACAAUCAGCGGUGCUAGGAUUUGCAGCUGUUUGACUGGAUAUGUACCCAGAGUUGCACAAGAUUGGGAGAUGCUGAUUUGGUCCGGUGGCUGUGUUAGGAAACAACCAUUGAAUUGUCCCAAAGGGGAAGGAUUUAUAGAGAAGAAAGGUGUAAAAAUGCCCGAUUUCUUGCAGUUUUGGAUCAACACUAGUAUGAGCCUUAAGGAUUGUGAAAUGGAGUGCUUGAAGAAUUGUUCUUGUACAGCUUAUGCAAAUUCUGAUGUUACCGGAGGAGGAAGUGGUUGCUUACUGUGGUAUGGGGAUCUGAUUGAUAUGAAGAGUUUAACAGGAUCUAGUAAUCAAAAACUCUACAUUCGUGCCACAGCUUCGGAUCUAGGUAUAUUUCUUUUAUUUUUUGGUUUAAGAUUAUAUCAAAGUCAAGUAAACUAACCCCUUAAUCUUUC